UUCAAAACGGAAGGCACCGGAGACAAUGCUCUUCAACGAUUCAGAAGAACCGGACCUGGAGCUCGAAGAAGAAGCGGAAUCCUUAUCCUACUGUGACCCGGCUCCAAUAUGCUCCCAAGGGCACCGAUCCACGCUCAUCCUCCCCACCCAACAGGGCGGCUCCAUCUGCCUCCUCUGCUUCUCCAACCUGGUCGCCGAUCCUUUCUCUCCCACUCUCCACGUCUCCUACGCCCUCUCCCAGCUUUCCCUCGCCGUCUCUCAGCCCCAAUUCCUCCACUCCCUCCGUUCUCUCCACUCCCACCUCCUCGUCUCCCCUCUCGUCAAGGCUCUCUCUUCCUUCGACGACGAGCCCAUCGCACGCCAGCUCAUUGAUCUGAUCCUCAAUCUCUGUGGUUUCGGUGAUGGAUCGCUGUGCGCUCAGUUUGUCGCCAUGCUUUCGGACCGCCUCGCGUCCGGCGCGUUGGCGUGGAGUCGCCGCCAGGUGUUUACGCUUCACUGCUUAGGGGUUCUCUUAAACUGUCAGACAUAUAAUCUCUAUGCCCACAUCAAAGACAAAUAUGGCCUUGUUUCCAAUCUUGUUGCAGGUCUUCAAUUGCCAAGUGAGGAGAUCCGUGGGGAGAUCCUUUUUGUUCUGUACAAGGUAUCUGUUCUCCAGUAUGCAUCAGAGGAUGGUGAUGGAGAUGGAACUGAUGUUUUACCGGCCUUUUGUCCCAAGAUCUUGCACCUGGUGAUGGAUGCCCUCAUGAAGACCCAAAUUGAUGAUGUCCGCUUGAAUUGUCUAGCACUUCUGACGGUUUUGUCUCAGAGAGGGUUGUUUGCUAAUGUGGAUGCAAAUGACACAAGCAGCAUGAAUUCGUAUGAAGCAGAUAACUUCAUAGCAGCAGAAAAUGGAAAAGAUGGGCCUCCUUUGCAUACCAUCUUUGCUGAGGCCAUUAAAGGCCCACUGCUUUCGUCAGAUAGCCAAGUUCAACUGAGCACACUAGAUUUACUCUUUCAAUAUUUGUCUUGCGAAGGUGCUUCAGGAAAGCAUAUCCAAGUCCUGGUAGAAGAAAAUAUUGCAGAUUAUGUGUUUGAAAUACUUAGAUUGUCAGAAUGUAGGGAUCCAGUUGUCAACUCUUGCAUUCUGGUACUUGAUCUUUUAUCAAUGACUGACCAAGCCUUCAAACAAAGGCUUUUUGUUGGAUUUUCUACUCUGAUUCCAGUAGUAAGAUAUGUAGCUGAAGUUCCUUUUCAUCCCGUUCAAAGUCAGACUCUAAAGCUCAUAUGGAACUGUGUUUCUGAUUGUCCUGGGAUGUUAUCUAAUUCUCAAAUAGAGGAGUUAGCUCUUGUUUUCACAAGGAUGCUUAAAAAGCAUACUGAGGGGGAGAUGGGCAUGCUUCCUCAGACAUUGAUAAUGCUCUGUUCAGUCUUCGUAGCUCUUAUGAAGCUUUCAUCUUCUCAUGGGACUCUAAACCUGGCAAGAUUAGUUCAAGAAGCAUCAAAACAUGCCAUUUUAGGCUGUCUAGAUAUCUCCGAAAAACAUCCCAUUCAACUUUUGCACUCCUUGUACCUACUUAAAGAGGCAUAUCUGUACGGUCAUGAAGAAAAUUUAAGCGAAUCCAGUAGCAUGGAACUACGGAAGUGUGUGGUGGAUAUAUGCACAACACAUUUAUUGCCUUGGGUUGUAACAGCUGUCAAUGAGAUAGAGGAGAAUAUCGUCCUUGGGGUGCUGGAAACUUUUCAUUCAAUACUGCUUCAGGAUUCUGAUAUCCAAGCCAUGGAACUUGCAAAGGCCCUGGUUUCAGCAUCUUGGUUCAGUUUCUCAUUUGGAUGUCUAGGCUUAUAUCCUACAGAGAAAAUGAAAUGCAGAGUAUAUCUGAUGCUCAGUUCACUUGUGAACGUACUUCUUGGAAAUGACUCUGGGCAACCCAUUAAAGAUGCUGCUCUAUAUCUGCCAUCUGAUCCUGUAGAUUUGAUGUUUUUACUUGGUCAAAAGAGCUCUCAUAAUUUGGAAUUGUCUUCUUGUCAAUCUGCCAUUUUGCUGAUAUUGUACACCAGUUCUUUGUAUGAUGAAAGACUUGCAGAUGAGAGGUUGGUUUUAGCUUCUCUGGAGGACUAUCUUCUUGUAAAUUGUAGUGAUUUACAAUCUGGGGCUGCUGAUUCACUUGCAGUGAUGCGACUGGUGAAUCUUUAUGGUCUUUUCAGGGGUCUUGCCGAAAUGGGCUACCAAAUCCCCUACAGUUUGAAAGCUGAAGGGAUCCUUUUCCAGCUGAUGACUGCAAAUGAAUGGGAUUUUCCUUCUACUGGAAUUCACUCGGCAUCAUUAAAAUGGUUGUUUCAACAAGAGAAAAUCAGCAAGCAAUUGUCUUAUCAGAUUCUGAAAUUCUGCAGAAGCGAUAGCUCAAAUGGGACAGACAUCAUUGUCCAUGGAAGAAAUGAUCAAGUUCCAUAUGCACAAGCAAUUGCAGGGCUAGUAGCAGCGGGAGAUAACUAUGUAGCAACAAUUUUUGUAUGCUUGUUAAUAGAGCUUGCCAAGGAUAGUGGCCAAGAACAUGACAUAAUUUCAGUGGUUAAUCUCAUAGAAACCAUUAUUAACAUCUUUCCAGCUGCUUCAGAACAAUUAUGUUUGUAUGGCUUAGGGAAGGCAAUCUACACUCUUUAUUAUGAUUCAAGCCACACAUAUUCCCCACAGAUAUUAAUGGCCACCUCAGUUUUGAUUUUUAACAUUUUAAGUUUGGUGCGGCCUGAGAUUCUUAUUGAUGAUGAAAAUUGGCUUGCAGUGAUAAUGAAGUUGAUGAAGUUCUUUAACCCCUCAGAGGCUGCAGAUAGGUGGAAUGUUGAAACGCUUGUUAUAAUUGGAAUUCUUUCCCUGGUUUUGCACCACUCCACCAAUGAAGCACUCGUUGAAGCUUCAAAAACUAUUCUUUUUAAUUCUUCUCUCGUCUCUGCAAUCAACAGCACAAUCCGUGCUGCCAGCUUAAAGGGGACUGCUUUGGUGGACCAUGAUGAGGGAACAAGCAUAGGAGAAACUUUGAUAUUUGCGCUUUUACUAAAUUACUUUUCUUUAAUAAGUUUGCCUGCUGUUCUACCAGGGUUUGUUGAUUGGCACAAUUUCUUUGAUCCACAAAAGAGGACGGAACCACUAUCCUUCAUUGGCAUCCAUUGCCAUGACCUAUGCAGACUCAUGCAUUUUGGGUCUUCUCUGGUGAAGCUUGUUGCUUCCUACAGUCUGUUAGAGUUGCUUACCCGAUUAUCAGACCAGUUAUGUGAAAAGCACUUGGAAUCAAAAUGCACUAUGGGUUACCUAAUGUCUGUAAUUGCUGUGUUAGAAGGGUUGGUUUUUUACAGCGAUCCUAGAGUGGCUAUGAACUCUGGCAUCUGCCUAUCAAUAAUUUUGGGUUGGGAAAAGCUGGAUAUGCAGGAGACAGCAAUGGUUGACAAGAGCAGUUGGUGCAGGCUGAUCGUGGAAGAGCUAGCAAUGUCUUUGGCAGCUCCAUGUUUGUCAUCAAAAUCUUUCAUUAAUCAUCACAAACCUGCAAUUCAUGUAGCUGUGGCGAUGCUGAAACUCCAAAAGGUUCCUGGGUGGAUGAGAUCUGUGUUUGAUGAUACCUGCAUAUCUUGCAUAAUUGAAAAUCUUGCGACUAGUAAUGUCAGCACAGAGAUGGUAUUGUUGAUUCAAGAGCUACUGGAUUCUAAGUUCCUGAAGACCGAACAAAUUGCUAAUCUAAAUCGGGUCCUCCAGGCUCUCAGAAAGCAUAUGUAUGCUGACAAUGCUCCUGAUGAUCGAGUAGAUGAGCAUGCGAAGAAGAUAAUUACCACCCCAGAUGAUAUGGGAGAAGUUCGUGAGUAUCUCGUUUUCUUGAUGUCAUCCAAGUCAUCUCUAGAUAUGGAUUCCAGGGGAUUACAUUUUGGGAAAAAGAGACUGGUAGAAGAGAUAGAGUUGUUUUUUAGGACCAUAACGGUGGAGGAUGACGGCUAACGGAAUUUUGUAAGUCCAUUUUGCUUUAUUUGAACGAUUUUUCGCACUAUCGCUUAGGGACCUAAGCAUGUAAGGUACUAAGGUGCUUGUCCUUGUGAAGCAAAACCCACAUCUUAAAGAUAACAAAGAAUAUAGAGCUGGCAUACACACUGAUACUGA